AGCCCGAGCUAAUCCGGCUAACAGCUAACGGCUAACGGUUAGCUAGUGGCGCUAUGAUGGCGGAGCUGGUGCAGGGACAGGCCUCGAUGAACCAGCCGGGGCUGAAGUCAGACGGCCUAGCCGAUGUUUUACAGAGGGCCCGGCAGGUAACAACUCCACUGGGGCUCAGCACACACCUGUUCAGGGCUGAACCGGGCCGUUUCAAUCGAGCCAAAGCACUUUUAUUCGGAUUCUCCGUGUUGUGCUGCUGCUAUACUAACUUAUGCGCUCACACACACACACUCACACACACACACUCUCUCUAACACACACACACACGCUCACACACACAUACUAGCAUGCUAACUAGCUCGGAAAGCAGUUCGGAGUUGGACUUGUGGCCGGUUUCGGAGACUUUAUCCGAGCUGACAGGGUCCGGGGGUGAGUUUGUGGGGAGUUUGUGGAGCUGUCACCCGGAGGGGAGCGCAGUGGGAGUGGGGGGGGAGCAGGACUGAAGUUUGGCCACACGUGUCACUGAGGCAGACAACCUGUUGCGAGACAGAAACACGGUCAAAAAGCACGGAGGAGGAACACAACUCAACAUCUUUCACUUUGCUUUAUUGACCCACUAAGUGUCCCAAACGGACCGGGUCAGAGCCGUGAAAUGAGGGUGUUUAUACUGUGUUAAAGCCUCGGUUCUUAGAGGAGCUGGACCCUCUCCCCUCCCCUUAUAGGCUGCUGUUUACUGUAAGUUGGUUAGAAACUAGGCUGGCGUUAUGCAACAGCCUCAGAGCCAUAUACAGCCGAGUGGAGGUGUGUCAGCCUCCUAUACGGACACAGACAGGUAGAGAGACACACAGACAGGGCGUCUGUUCACCUCUGUGUGUCCCAGCAGGCUGUGGCUGAUAAAUGAGGUGAAGUUUGGUACAUGCAGGUGUUUGGAGUGUCUCUGUGACCUCAGAAGGAGUUAAUCAAACUGAAGUGUUUCUGCAGCCUGUCUGAUAGAGCAGAAUCAGAAAGUAUUGGAGCUGAUAUCAGCACUUCAAAGAGGUAUCAAAGUCUUCAUCGAAGGGGCAACUUGAGACCAACCACCUGUCAGAAGAGGUACUAUGUCUUCAAGAACCUUGAGCAAGAACCUCAAGUCCAGUUAAGUCCAGUUACCCUUUUAACUGGACUUGAGGUUCUUAAAGAUGAUUUGCCAAGUCCAGUUGCCCCUGCAAUGAAGAACUGGAUAACAGGCAUUUACAGAAGAAGUCCGUGGGCUGAAACCCCACUCAUGUAAAAUACUGAAUAGUGGCCUGUCAAGAGACAGAUUUGUCAGUUCUACAUGUGCCAGGCACCUUUACUCUGCAGAAACUGCAACACAGCUCCGUGCAAACAUGCAAAGUAAUCACCUCCGCAGUUAAUAUACACUCACUCACCACAAUCAUAAUGAUAUAGCAAGAUUACAGUAUCAAAACCGUCCUACAGUGAUGUGUAUUUGCAUAUAUUUGAUUGUUUUUGAUUGAUGAUUUGCUCGGUUGCCAACCCUCAACUUUAUAUUGUGUACAGAAUAAGGCAGGAUGUGGUCAGCUUAGCUUAGCAUUCAUAGUGAAAGUAAGGGAAGCUCGCUGGUUUGUAUGGGCCUGUCCAAAGUUCAGAAACAUCUGUGCAGGGAUGCAAACAAAAGAACACUAAUGAAAUUUGCGCGUAAAACCAUAAAGUAGAACCAAAAAAAGUGAUUACCUGUAAAUCCUCAGAAUAGCUUCAAAAUGUAAAACACUCCAAUGAUACUAAACCCCCUGAAAACCCAAGUCCAUGAGGCUGUCUGAAGGUGUUAUGUGGGGGUUAAUGCAUGUUACUGCGUGCUCUUUAGUUAAAGUCCAACCUUGAAGUGCUGUAAUUUAAACUCAUAGGAACUAUUAUUGUUCUGCAUGGAUGUUGUUUGUGCUCUCAACUCCACCAUCUAAUCACAGCAAAGAUCACAGAGCAUGUAAACAUUAGAUUCAUUACAUCCAGUUAACAUAGGUUAAUUGAAACCAGACUUCCUGUACAAGUAUCGGAGUGUUUUCUUUAUCUGUGGGCCAAACAAACUUGGCCUCAGGUGGUUAUUGAUGGACUUGUGUUGUUUGCAAUAGCUGUGUUCUCUGAAUGUAGAUUGGCAUCGUCUGUUUUAGUGAAGUUUAGCUUUGGAUUUUCAAUUGGCAGUUGUUGGAACAUUAGCAUACAGAGUUAAUAUAAACAGACAUGGAAAUCAAUCUGCAUGGAGGACCCAAGGCGAGUAGUGUUAAAUUAAUGCGACGAAACCUGCAGAGCUUCACGUGUGUCCCUGUGUUUGUCUAUUAUUUUUACAUCUAUGGUGUCAUAACCAAAAUAACCCAAGAUCACAAUUCUCAGAUGUUUUGUUGUUGUGAUUUGUUUGCCAAUUUAAGCUUUGCUGGACCAUGUCCCACACGACUGUGUACAUUGACUGAGGUCAAGAGGUCACAAUUAAAAGCACCCUCUGCUAGAGGAAGCUACCCCAGGUGGCCUAAUGCACUGGUUUACUGUAUUGUUAUAUUUUUCAAACUUUUUGAAUGCAGGCCCUACCAGUUGGUUGAACAAAUUCCUAGGUAUUAUUUCUGUCAGUGUAGGCCUGGAACGCUGACAUAUGUUGUCUCUAAGCUCUUGCUGCUAGCUGUAGAUACUCUACUGGGAUGUAAAAAACACAGAUGACAGAUAACCUCUCGUUGCAGCGUGUUUUGUUGGCAUAUUGAUCUAGAAAACAGAGAUGAAGUUAUAUGUAGGCUGUAUGUGGUUAAACUAGCCUGUAACCACCUGACACGAGCAUAGUGGAACCAGCACAGGAGCUGCUUCAUUAUUAACCUGCACGGAGGACUGAAGGCUUGUGGUGUUAGCUCUUGUAGGGGUACCACACUCCAAACUAGGGCUGGGCGAUAUGGGAAAAAAUUUAUCAUGAUAUGUUUUUUUCAUAUCAGUCGAUAUCAAUUAGGCCUGCACGAUAUAUCGUUUGAGCAUCGUCUUCGUGAUUACGUGUGUGCAAUAGUCACAUUGCAGAGCCUGUGAUGUUGGAGGUGAAUGAACUCAUCUAAUUUCAAGGGUAGCCACUGAGAUACACUGCAUGUGACUCUGCAUGUGCUUUGCAGCGAUCCACCAAUCACCUUCAGUCUUUACUCAGUUGCCAAUCAGACUACCCUGCCAGUAAGGCUUCACGAUAUGAGAUUUUGGUCAUAUCCCGAUAUAGCUCAUUUUAUAUCCCGAUACGAUAUACAUCACGAUAUAGUACAUUUUUUGUAAAUUCAAUUGAUGUAUAGUUUAUAUAAAAUAUAAUAUUCGUAUGUAGGCUUGAAGUAAAUAACUCAUCUGAUCAUUAAAAUAAAUCAUCUGAUCAGCCGUGCCACCGCAUCAGCAGCAGGAUGGAGAGUGGACACGGAGACACGUCAGGUGUUGUGCCAUAGAAUGUACCCCUGCCAUAGAAUGCCCCCCUGACGGGAGCGCGGUUGAAGAUACAUAACAAGGCGGAAUAAUCCAAGUUUUCCUUACCGUUGGACUGACUCUAAAGCGUGUGCCUUUAAUGAUUUAAUUUAGGCUUUUCAGAUAUGCCGAAAACAACAGCCCUCUGAUUCGGAAUAUUUGCUGCCCCGAAAAUAUAAUGUUCUCUACCAUGACAGCUAACUGUACAGUUUAAAUACGCAAAUACACCUCUCUAUGUGCUUUUUUAAAAACCUAAAAACAGAACGAAAGUUUGCUGCUCCAUUUGACAUGUUGUCAUGAUCCAAUACUCGUGUUUUUUUAAAUAUGAGAUAAUUUUUUUUCCACUUAAAGAAGCUAAUGAGUGGAUGGGAUGCAGGGGUGCAUUCUACGGCAUAACACCUAUCAAGCUGCGCGAGGAAGAAGGAGAAUAAGCGGGGAGACGAAUUAAAUAUGUUAACUUCAUGUUAACUUCAUCAUGUGUGACUGUUUACUGGAUAUUUAAUUUAAUGCGGUUUCAGUUGUGUUAAUUCGGUCAGGUGGAGUGUCCAAACGCGCUCAUCAGAUCAGAUAUAGAUCAGAGUAUAUCGAUAUAGAUUUACAUGUAUGUGCUGACUCAGAAUAAAACUACAGCGGUCUGCUCCGUGUCGCUCCUUUUAAAACCAAACCACGACCACACAACCGACGUUGCCCCCCGUUUCGGCAGCAGCUCCUCCGUCUGCGUUGGCUCGUCUGCGUUUGAUGCACGAGAAUUGUCAUCUCUUUCGCCACAAUAACCCGGCUCCUCCAUGCUUGUUUGUGUUUUUCACAGUGGCAGUAGCGCGUGCGGGCAUGCAAUAUAUGGAGCAUCACGACGUAAAACACUGCCAUAAAGCGUGUUUUUGCGACACCGCGAUAGAAACGAUAGAGCUCAUGUAUCCCGAUAGAAAUUUUCUAUCGUUUAGACGAAACAUAUCGUUAUAUCGUGAAGCCUUACCUGCCAGCUGUCAAUCAAAAUCAGAGAGGAGGAAACCCACCCCUGCACAUGUCCUGCACAUGGAGUUAGUCGCUGGCGCUACCAGAGUUGAGCCGAGAAACGCGUGUCCGCUGAGAAUUACUUUCGGAACAUUCUUCAUCACUGUUUAGCCCAACAAAUAAGAACUGUAUGGGUUUUAAAUUGUACAUUUCCGUGGACCACUCUACUAUAAGCAGUGCGUGUUUUGUGAGGUGCAUGCAAUUCUCGGAGGAUAUGCGUUUCUCAGCUCAACCCGGUACCAACAACAACGAUCGCAAACUGAGUAACAAACAGAGAAAACCACAGAAGAUGAAGACUUGUUGCAAAAAAGAAAAGGAAAGUCAGUUAUCUGGAAUUAUUUCGGUUAAAAGAAGGAUGAUGUCAACCAAAACACGUCUUCUGUGUUCAUCUGUUGCCACAAUAACGUCCCAGCACAAUAAAAGCUAAAAAUAUCUCUGAGACAGACAGAAGCCGUUCUACAAACAUUCACAAAAAGAGGUAAGAUCAGAGCAGAUUAGCUGUCCUCAAGAUUUCAGCGGUGCAGCAUAACAUUAAGUGCUAUUCAGGUCAUCUGGUGAAAAUUCCUAUAUUUUUAAUAUCGCAAUAUAUAUUGCAGGGUUGAAAAAAAUCGCAAUGUUAGUUUUUUCAAAUAUUGUGCAGCCUUAAUAUCAAUUUAUAUCACGAUAUAUCACAACUUUGCGAAAACAUGUAGUCGACAUAAUUUGCAGUGCACAUUAUUCCGCUUCAUGUCCGACCUCAAAAAAACGAAAUACCUCCACACCACCGACGUUUUCGUGCCAGUGUUGUCUAUGAUGUCAUCAUCUGUUGAGCCUUCAUCUGCAUUUCUGCCGGGGGUAGCACUCAUUUUCUUUUUUUCUCACCAACAGUGCUGUCAGCUUCACAUGAUAAGAUUGCUAUUGUUGCGUGUAGCUGCAGCCUGCUACUACGCAGUUGUUUGCUACUUCGUUGUUGUUUUAUCACCCAGCCCUACUCCAAACCAAACAAUGCAAAACAUUUGACAUUGUUUAUACACAGACUCUGUUUCAAUGUUUAGCUGUGAUAAACUGAUUGUACUCAAUUCUGACUGUUUGUCACUGUUUUUUAUCUUUUGACUUGUUAUGUAGAAGGAAUUGGAAGUGAGUCGGACGUACGUUUGCAUUUACAGGACAUGGAAAAUAGCUGGAUCAGGGCAUGUUAAAUAUUCAUCCAGUAUUAUGGUCAUUAUCUGUUGAACACAUACAGAGGCAAACUGCCUGUUCUGCCAUGUUGACAUGACCAGAUACCAGAGCUGAACAGCAAAGUUUAUGACGGAUAUUUAGAGCUGUGAGGCAGGUCAUAGUUGAGUCAGUCCUCAUACUGGACGGAUUCUUCUACUGUUUGAUGAAGAAGACCCAAGUCAGCUGAUAUUGUACUGCAGGUUGUAGAAAACAAAUCAAAAAAUGUAAAAUGGGGAAAACAAUGUAUGAAAGUCAAGUUAAUGUCCAGUGUACGUUUAUGGUCCAGCAGGGGGGCGUUGCCAUCGUGAAUCUUGUGAGUUCAGGCCUGCAGUAUUACAGGAACAGCAGUUAUGUGGCUUUAGAGCAUUUUUACCAGAUUACAUUAUUUUUACUUAAACACUAACUGAGUUUACUCAAAUGAGCUGAAGACAACAAAAAAUAAAUGUGAUAUGGUGGCGUGAUACCAAGGCUAGUCAAGUAUUGGAUCAAAACUUCGAAUCAACUGAUCUUAAAAAAGAAGCAUCUGAAUCAGAGAGGCUGAUCAAUCAGGCUGAUUCAUCAUGUUUUAAGAUAAUCUGCAUCUUAUGCAGUGGACCUCACAAGGCCGAUUUUACUGUUAGAUUUUAAGUAGUAAAAACAAAUUUUUCCCAUCCGCAGUGAAAGCAUCUUCAAUCGAAAACAGUUUCUCUUAUUGUUUUAUAUGAAUCCUGAUAAGACCAUGUGUUAAAUAAUGUCUGUUCUGAAAUCUACAGCAUAACUCAAAGUAUUUUUCUUAUUCAUGAACUGAUAAUAUUAAUUAAAACAUGUAUCCAGCUAAGAUAAUCAUAUCUGUUUGGUUUUAGGUACGCACCAUUGAAAAACUGAUAUCAGUCAACCACGAAUCAGGAUCAGGAGCUAAAACAGCUGACCUGGUCAAAAAUACAAUGUUUUUUCACUCUUUAGGCCUCUAAAUUGGACAGUGAAAGUAUUUUUUUUUGUGUGAUCUGCAGGGUUUUGUGGUGGCAGUGCUUACUUUACCUCGAGCACAGAGCACCAGCUACAGAUGGAGAUUUUUUAAUCAUCUUGAAAGUCUUUCAAACCUUUAGAAAAGCAUUUAUAGAGCGGGGAGAUUCGAACAUGGUGUGGAGGCAUUUUCUCAGAGUGAACCUGCAGCUCUUUUGUAUCAGAGCUAUCAAACAGAGUCACGUGGUCAGAGCGAAGCUGCAAAGUAAACAGGUGUUAGCAGUCGGGGAGUGAUUCAGAGUGCAGGUUGUCCCCUAUGUCUUUGGUUUGUUUGCUGGGAGCAGCUGAUUCCUCCACAGGUCUUUCUGCUGCUCAUUCAAAUAUGACGACGGCAAUGUUUCAGUCAGUGUGUGGUCACCUAGCAGAAAUAAAUUACUUACUGUGAAUGUGAUGUAGAGCAGUUGACUCAGAGACUAUGCAGCCAAUAGAGGGAUGGCUGUAAGUAGCAGGGAAAUGUGAGGCUUAAAAUCUGGACAUAAGAACAGGCUUUUGGGGAGGCAUCUGCUGUAAAGAGAUUGUUGGUAAAACUUUACAACUAUAAGUAGUGCUGCAACUAACGAUUAUUUUUUUGUCGACUAAUCUAUCGACUAGUCGUCCGAUUAAUCACAAUUAAUCACUAUCUUCUUUAUUUAUAAACACCUAUUUCCGGGGUGUCGGCGUUUCAGGUGCUCAUGCAUCGCCGUGGUGCUGCCAUGGUAGGAAAGCUGAGCUUUGAUCAACGUGUUUUUUUGGUUUGUUCUCCGUAAAAUGUUCCCAAACUUUUGAAGUUUUGGGUCGGAGUUUUGGAGCGUCUUUUUCAGGUUGUUCUGCCAUAAUGUGUGCACUCUUCUUCUGUGUUUGCUCGUGGCAUGUAAACAGCGCGCGCUACUGCCCCCAGCACAUCCUGUAGUGCACUGCAGUUAUAGAUGAGCAUGAGGCGCCGGCAUGUGAUUCUUAACAACAAUAACACGACGCUCCGUUUUUGUGUCGAUGAAUUUGUCGUGUCGACGUAAUCGAUUACGUCGACUAAUCGUUGCAGCCCUAACUAUAAGCUCCUUUCUGUGUCCUCAACAUGUUUAAGCAGUGUCUCCUGACAAAAGUCACAUCCUGAUGACCUUUAACAGUCACACAUAUCAUCCUUUGACAAUAUUCUGGUGUUACAUUGCAGUCAAAAUAGUAUUGCCCACUGGAGUUGAGCAGGAUUUGGUGGGAAAACUGUGUUAAAAGUGAAAACAGGCAGCAGUAGGACUGUCCUAAUUAGGCAAAAGUGGUAUUUGAACUGACCCACUUCAAAGAUGCACGGUUCGAACCAUGCAAAUUUCUAUUUUUAUGCACUAUGUCAUCAAGAGAGCAAACCAACACAAGCACUCAUCACUACUUAUAGGUAUGGAAUUGAAAUCCCUCUCUGCAGCCUAGUUUCAUUAUGAUGCAUCUGCCAUUAUUAAUACAGUUGUGACUCCAGUGACUGUCCCUCAUGUAGAGCUUUCAGUGGUGCAACCAAGCCCACAACACAACUUCAGUGACAGACAGCUGCACAGAAACACUUUUUUCAACAGUUAAGUGGUUAUUUUCACAUUCAAAUUGUCUGUUUCUAAUAUUAUUUGACAGCCCAAGGCAGCAGAUAACAGUCAUAAUGCUAUCCCAGAACCAUCUGUGGUCACAUAGCACAACAGGUACUACAUAGAAAAGGCCGUCUGAACCAGAAGGCUUUAGUUUCAAACUGCGGGCUACACCGGAAGCCCCAAAAGGUCAUCUGUUGCUGUCUCAGGCUGUGCCAUUGUAAGUUGACAGCCAGCUGGAUUGGAGAUGUUCCUAUCAUAUAGAGAUUAAACCAAAAGUCAUAUGACUAACCAAACUAGAUGUUACAUGCAUAAAAAGUAGGUAAAGUGGUACCAACAGUUAACAUCGCCAUCAUCUGUAUUUCAAAAGUCAGACAGUAGAUAGGAAGAGCAAGAAUCCAUCUGACUGUGUCUAGCAUAAAUCCAAUUAACAAACUCGUCUUGUUAAAAAAAAAAGUGAAUAACAAUGUGACCUAGCCAAGGGUUUUUUUCGUAUGAUAUAUCCCUGAAAGCAUUUGUCUGCUGUAAAGAAAGGCAGUAGAGUGCAAAAAAGGAAAAAGCAGUGGAGUGUUAUGAAAUAACACAGUGAAAGAAAACUGCAAAAGAAAGUGCAGUACAGUGCAUAAAUCAGUGCAGUAAAGCACAGAAAAAAUGCAGUAAACACAGUUUGAGUGCAUUACAGUAACACUACUGGAAUGUACUGAAGUCACUUAUGAUGAUGCAGAAAGAAACAUACAAGAGUGCAUUUAAGUAAUUCAGUACAGUGCAGCAAAGUAACCUAGUACAAUACAGAAAGAAAGGCAGAAAAAUGCUACACCGUAAUGCAGCAAAAGGUCAAUCAACUAACCCAUUAUGAUGUGACAAGAAAUGCUGGCGAGUGCAGUGCAGAAAGAAAGACUGUCAAGUGCGUUAAAGUCACACAGAGUGCAAUAAACUAACCCAUCGCAAGUGGAAGCUAAGUAGAGUGCAGUGGAGUAACUGUAGAAUGAAGGGCAGUAAAGUGCAUUAAAGUAAGAGAAGAGUGCAGUUAAAUUGGUGGUGCUGUGCAAUAAAGUAACCCAGUACAGAAAGAAGGAAGAAAAAUGCAUUACAGUUAUGCAGUAAAGUGCGAUAAACUAACUUACUACGAUACAGGAAGAAACAAAGUAAAAUGCAGUAAAGUAACACAGCUGAGUGUAAGCUAAAGUAAAACCUGUUUGAUGCAGGUAAGAAAAGCAGUAAAGUAACAAUACAGUAGCUGUACAGUACAGUUACUACAGGGGCACAGAAUAACACAGUGUGAUGCAGACUGAAGUGCAGUUAUAUGUAAAGCACCUUAGAGUGGUGUAAGAAACAAUAAAAUGCAGUUAAGUAACGCACUAUAGUACAGGAAAAGUGACAGUACACGGUUGUGGAAUAACACAGAGUGUUUUAAACAAACAUGGAGUCAAUUAUGCAUUAAAAAACAGUUGUGCUAAACAAUUUGUUUUGUUGGUACAGACAGUAUGGUGCAUUAGAGUUACACAGUAUAGACAGAGUAAUGCAGUACGAUACAGUGAGUAAAUGCUAUACGAUGCAGGACAACGGGCAGGUAAGAAAUAAAUGCUGUGGAUUGCAGUGGGGUUAUGAUGCGGUGCAUUUAAGAAAACAAAUAUAUACUAUGAUCCUAAUAUUCAGUAUGGUGCAAGGAAGAAACUCAGUAAAGUGCAUUAUUAAUGACAAUUAGAGUGAAGUAAUGAAGUAUGGUGCAAGUAAGAACUGCAUUUGGGUGCAGCAAAGAAUCCCUGCAGAGUGCAGCAAAGGAUCUUAGCUCAACACAGUAAAGAAAGGGAUCAGCUUUGUAAUGGCUUUAUCUACCCCUGACUGAUCCACUGAAACCUCCUAGGAUCCACCUGAUGCUGAGAGGCAGCAUCUGGUCAGGACAGUCAGUGUGCUUACUGGGCUCAUCCAUAACAGGGAUUUUUUCAGCAUACCUGGUAGAAGAAACAUGCACAACAUGUUCCUGCAAAUCAACACUGCAGAGCAGCUCUGUGUGUCUGCAGCUAAACAAAGAACCUUAUUAGGAAGCUUCCUGGUUCAGUAGAGAGAGGCAUAAGCUCUAAUGGAUGUCAUCGUUGAUUCAGACUCAUCACAAGCUCUGCUUCAACAUCAACAACACAGUUUGACAUUCAUCCCCGCAAUUUUAAAAGAUGCGUAAUGUUUGAGAGAUUCACAACGUUUUUAGGUCGGCAGAAAUCUGUUUCCCUGUGAUGUAUAUCAGUUAACCUCUGGAGAGUUCGGACUUCAAAGUAAAUGUAGUUUUAAUGGAAAAGAGUUUCAAACUCUAAAAGCAAAAUCACUGGAAAGGCAGAGAGCUUAAAGACGUUACUGAGAUGAAUUACAGUCUUUGAGAAAGUAACUUACAGCUUAACUUGAGCGCUCUGUGGCAUAUUUUAUCAUUGUUGAUGCGACCUUUAAAUCUGAAACUGUCCAGACUUGUGAAAGAUUUGCCUGAGGACUUGUUGGUCUGAACUUAUUUGUCUUCCUGAACUUAGAAUCUGGUUGUCUGAACUCAGAAUUCAGCCUCAAACUUGGAAAAACUUUGGUGACUCUUCCUCAAGUGGUGGUUACUUGUUCAGGACUUGUCUUUUGAGUUGGUGGUCCCACUUGAGACUUUUUUAUCUGUACUCUGGGCUCAGUUACUCAACUUAAAGUUGUCAACCUCACCUUUGGCACAGCUUCUGAAUUUUGGUUGAGACUUGAUUUCUGACUGGCGGCCUUUCAAUGGACUCGUGGUUGUGGUCAUUUAGUGCAGACCCUGGCCCUUUACUCCCAGUUUGUUGGUUGUAAAUCGAAAGUUGAUUUGUGGCUUCAAUUUGGACUUGCUGUUCUUGAUUGACAAUUGGCUGUUUUGGUUUGGAUUUUGGACUUGUUGGCUCUGGCUUUGGUUUUAAAUAAAGACCUGACUUUAGAUUGUUGUGAUGACGCUGACACUCAACUUUAGACAUGCUGCUCAAUUUCAGUUUUGUCAUGUCUCAGGACUUGACUUUGGACUACAGUUUGACCCCAAUUUGGAACUUUCUAACUCAGAAAAUUGGUCUGUUCCUGUAUUCUCUCAGGUAUUAAAGCUGUUUUUCUCUGUUUUUUUUUUUUUUUUUUCUGUCAGAUGGUGGGAAAGAUGGGUGGAGAAGCCAUGUCUCACCUCAACAGCUCCUCAGGAAGUGUCGAGCCCUCGCUGUACUACCCUGGCCAGAAACGACCAGGAGAGGAUGGAGGUGAGAAGGAGGGAAGGAGGAAAAUCAAUCUCUACAUUAUGGUUGUCCCAUGACCAAGAACCCUUGUACUUCUGCUUGACCUUGAACCUGGUGGUCAAUCUGAAACAUUUGGUGGUUAAAAGUUAGUACUUUUGCAGGAACAGUUAAGCUGCCAUUUCAGCUCAGCUAGGCCCCUGUACUGGACCACUGCAGGUACCAACAAUUGACAAACAUGUUCGUAAGAGGCAGAAAGAUAAAACCAGGAACUCAGAGGCAUGGACCUCUGACAUGCAUAAAGGGAGUCAGAGAGCUUUCAGAGAUUGUUUUUAGCUGUUGGUUUUCACUUGAAUUUUCUUCUGCAGAUUUAAAAACAUUUUUCUCCAUCUGUGAUACAAAAACAUGUCAGUGCAGCCGUAAUCACCGCGGGUUCAAAUAAAGAGCACUAACAGAAGACUCCUAAAAAAGUGUUCAUGUCUAAUCUCUGGCUCUUUCUCUCAGUAGGUAACCAGCUAGCAGCCAUGGGGCAUCAAAGGUAGAACCAGCAGUUCAUAUUGAUUAUCACGCACGCACACACACACACACACACACACACACACAGGGCCAAGCAGCGCUGAUGAUGAUGUGUGUUCAGCAUCAAAGUUUGUUUGCAAAUAGCCGUGAGUGUGAGGGGGUCGGGGUGUAACAGCAGAUAAGUGUUUAUAGAUCUGUCUUCCUACUGUCAUAAUCAUAAACAUAAUCACUUAUUGACAUAAACACACACUCUCACUGUGGCUGUGAGUUUAAAGUGUGAACAUGAUGUUAAUGUGUGUUUGAAUUUGUGUGUUUUGCAGCAGGGUAAUCACAGAGGAUUACAAGGUCCCCGACAGAAUGGUGGGCUUCAGUAAGUAUGACCUUAAACCUUUGAGUCCCCCCUUGCUGAUUAGUUGUCCAAAGGCUCCUUUGUCCAAUCAAAUCACUCAGGUCUUAUCUGACUCUGUGCUUUUUUGUUCAUCCUGAUAUAAAGAUCUUCAUCUUUUAGAAGGAAAAUCUUGAGUUUAAUCUCGAGUCUGGCGCAGACUCUCAAUCUGAAACUGUUUCCCUUUGAUUUGAUUCUGAAUAUCAGACACUAAUGAGAACCUUCAAGCAAUCCAGCUCUCCAACCUGAACAUAGUCACUCAGUCUAGAAUCCUUUGUGCACAGUGGCGUGCAAAUUUUUCUGCACUGAGCGACGUCUCUGCUCUGCCCUAGUGCUCUUGCACGAUAAAGCCAGGCCCUCAUAUAAACACUAACUACGAUUGCUGACCUCUUUUGUGCACUAAGCUUUUAUUCUGAGUGUAUAUCCCGGACACUUAUUCAGUGAAUGAAGUAACUUGCAAAGAUCUUGUUUAACUCUGUGCUAGUCUGUCCUUGAAUCUUAACUUCUGAUGUGCCCGUAUAAUGAACAAUAAGGUUUUACGACUUCAAAACACGGAAAGUGACAGCAGAGGGUCAGGAUAAGCGCGGCCAUGGAGAUCACCACAUUCGUGUACAUGAUCAUAACAUUUUGAAUAUACAGUACACAAGUGGCUGAAAGUUGUGCAUGCAAAACAGCGACUGGGAAGUUAACAAAAGCUGUAGACAGCUGAUGCAGCACCAGUGCGCACUAACACUUCUUACCCUCGAUGCUGCAAAUAAAAGAUGACCUGCAGGAUUUUAAAGCAGACAUUUGUUGUCAGUGUCUGAGAGUUUGAAGAGAGGGCGCAUUAAACAUCUGUGACAAACAUUCAGUGGCGGUUCUAGACCAAAUUACUCCGCACACAAAAAAUGCACACACACACACACACACACACACACACGCACACAAAAAGAGAUAGAAUUUUGAACAGAUAGUUUUGUAUUAUUAUGUAGUAUUAUUAUGAUUAGAACAACAAAAAUAAAAUAUUUCUCAAUUGCAGAAAUCCUUCAAUAGAAAAAAACACAAUCCUGAGGGCCAUUUUGAGAACGGCCCCCAGAUCCUGAGGUGUUCUGACGUGUUAAGGUUUACAAAAAAGCUGCUAUCUCGGCCUCUGUAGUAGAUAGAAACAAAAUUCAAAAAGUAUUUGAGAGCUUAAACAUGUGGCUUUCAAGAAAGCUAUCUUUUAGUUUUGCAAACCUUCAUCACAUUUUUGAAAACCUUGAACAAACAAACUCAAGUGAAAUAAAGCGGCUGUAUAAAUUAAAGUAAAGGCUCUGCACUGGAGAAUGACAAAUAAUUUGCUUUCUGUAAAACAAGUGGCAGUCAUGAUAAAGUGCCCAUUCAAUUCAAAUGUAAAUAUAGAAAAUAAGGUGUUGAAAGGGUGAACAGCUUCCCCAGUAUAGUGCCAGUACAAAAGCAGAACUAAAAACUAAAAAAUGAAUAAAUAAAUAAGUGGCUGACAGUGUGUUCAUCUCUGUUCUCACCCAAAGUCAUGCAACACUCACAGAAAACGCUGAUAGUGUGAGCCAAAGCACUCCAUAUGCAGAGUUUGUUCACACUGCUGGAUGUUUCUCCUCUGAAGCUGCUCUCUGCCUCUGUCAUUGUUUACUUUACUCAUGAAGCUCAUCAAGCAGGUAGCAAGAUCCGAGCAUGAACCCGAACGCUUUAUUCGUCUAUCAGAGGCAGACGGGUACAGUGAUUUCAUUCACCGCGACUCCAGAAAUGAUUAAAAAACUCCCUGAUAUGCUGACAUGCGUACACAGAGCAGAGCUGUCCCCCCGCGACUCUCUCCCUGCCUCGUCUCACACAGUCUGUCAGCCUCUGUGCAGCACCUUCGGAGCAAGCAGGGGCGCCUACAGCAGCGGGGGGGCGCCAAUUUGACAACAAGAGUUAAUACAAAACCGCUUUGCGGUUAAGAUUUAUUAUUAUUAUCUUUUAUUUUAUUUUUUUGGAAGUGCUCGUGCCGCCCCCCAUGAGUCAUGACACAAAUGCCGCCCCGGGCGGCUGCCCUGUUCGCCCGUGCCUAGAACCGCUACUGCAAACGUUUAAACUUAUCAGCCCAGCCUUAGCACAGACAUGCUGUGUGAUUUUGACAUUUUCACUUCAUAAACUUCCUCCUCCUUUUUUCUCUUUUUCAUCCCUGUCUUCUACUGUGAAUUGUUCAACUGUCAACAUGUCUUGCAAAUAUUUAUGCCCCCCCCAAAUAACAAAUUUGCACUUCAGUUAAGACAUAAUCUUCUUGAGCUCUAUUUUUCAAAGGGGACCUACCAUCAAAAUGUAAUUUUGUGUUUUUUUUGUGUCAGAUAAGGUCCAUAUUAUGUUCGUCUUAUGUUGUAAAUGUGAAAACAAACUGUUACGUCAUUUGCAUUCUGUAAAGGUUUAAAAUAAAGGAACGGGUAAACCAGGCCAAUUGAAAAAGCAGGUCCCUCUGACGUUGCGCUGACCUUGCUCAUUAUUAUUCACGAGCGCGUCCUCGGUGAGCCGCGCCCACUCUCUCGUUCUCGUACUCAUUCACAGUCAACAUUACUCUCCAGCCAGAGCGAGAUGCAGCUACCACUGUAUGCGCUAUGGGUCUCGUCCAAACGACCAGUGUUUCCUUGGGUUCACUGCCGGGAAAAUGAACUUAAAGCUGGGCAGAAUGAAUGAGAAAACACCGCUUGAGAUCUCCGGCUUCUUCUUCAACUUCCUCCUCCUCUUCAGACUCAGGGUCUAAAAUAUAUCGUUUAAUACCUGCCAUUUUUUAGCCUUUAGCAUAAGGUGACCAGACGUCCCCGAUUUCCAGGGACAGUCCCCGUAUUGGAUGACCUGUCCCCGGCAAAAGCUGUCCCCGAAAAUGUCCCCGAUUUAAGCGUUUCAUGAAUGAAAGCAAAAAUGUUGCGUGUGGGCUCGAACAACGGUUAUUACAGUAGCCGAAUAGGUAGGAAGCACAAGUAAGCAGUCCUGAACAACAGUUUUUAAGGGGGUUAUUACAAGGGGCAUGCGCUGCUACUAAAUAGUACCGAGACUUUGUCUGUGAUCACACAGCCCCUGCAGCCGCCGCACCGAAUAUCCCCGGAUAUCAUUACAGACAUCUGGGCACCUUACUUUAGCACACAUUAGCGAAAUGGAUAAACCGAAAUCCGAACCUCCACUGCUGAGCCAAUCAGAGCACAGCAGGCUUCACAGCAGCGAUCCAAUCAGAGCAAAGCUCAUUACCAUAAAUGUUAAUGAGCCAAAAUCAGUUGGUUUUCCUGUAAGGUUUUUUAGGCAUACUAAAACAAACCAUCAAAUAACUUUUCAGCUAAAAUUAUGUUGCAAACAUGAUCAGAGGACAUCAAGGAUUAAGUAAAAAAUGAUAAAAAUGGGUAUGAAAUUUUGAUGGCAGGUCCCCUUUUAAGAGUAGAACCUUUACGAGAUCUUCUGAGCGGGAUAACCGAGCUAGAAUAAAACAGUUGACAUAAAACUUGAGUGAGGACUCACAAUAGUAAAUUUGAAGUUUGUUGUCUAAAACACUAGUAUAUUUGUGGAUAUCAGCCAACCUGUAUCCCCCUUUUUUUGUGCUCCCCUGAGAACGGGCUGAUUCUGCAUCUGUACCUUUAAAUGAUAAGCUGUGAGCUGUGUGUGACCACACUCUUCCUCCCCAAGGCCACUCUGAGCUGACGGCACUGCUGUGGUGGUCCAGGAGCAGUGGUCUGGAGAUCUUCUGAGGACCUCUUCAGAGGACCUCCAGACCACCGCGGCUGGAAGCAUCAGCCUGCCUCAGUGCCCCAGAGGAACACCCGCUGCUUACGGGAAUAAAAGUAAAGUAAAGCGAGUCAGAAGACGAAUACCAACAAUGGUAAACACACGCAAUUGUAGCCAAAGCACUAGUCAUACAGGCGGCGGUCAAGCAACAUAAAACGGUAAAAUUUACAGCUUCCACGUUUGAAGUUGGGUCCCUGACACGGACAGCCAGAACAGAUCCAGGUUUUAUCUUCAGCUUCUUGGUGAAUCCUGCUUUGAACUCCCCCUUGUUGGUAAAACAAUCCAUGGUGAAGAAUUUAGCACACAUAUACAACAUUUUCAGAGUUGUUGUGGGUAUAUUUCCAUCAAAAAUAAAAUUCAUCCACUGGAUCCGCAAAUCAAGAUUAAGGAGGCAUAAUAGACUCAUGUCUUCGUUUGUGCAGCCAAGAACCUCUCAGCAGCUGGGUUGUAGCUUCGACAUGGUUGUUGUACCGGAGCGGUGUAUGCAAGGGGAAAAAAUGGUGGACACUACCUCAGUGAAGAAGUUUUAGAGGGCUGGGCUAACGAUUAUUGGGGGCGCAGCCACCAACAUGUAGGAGGGGCUUUUGCGGUUAUGUUGUCAUAACUGCACAGCUUUUUCAUUCGCCCGUUUGUGCUCAUGUUUUCAGAAAGAAGGAAAGCAAGAGAGGGAGAGAAUGAAUUUACUUCGGUUGAGUAAAUGUCGACUCCCUUUUGUGGUUUUUGUUUGAUGUUGAUGUUUUGUCCUCACUUUCUCUUUCAGUUAUUGGUAGAGGAGGCGAACAGAUCACCAGGAUCCAGUUGGAGUCUGGCUGCAAGAUUCAGAUUGCUGCUGGUAAGAGCAUCUCAUAAGUUUAAACACUCCUCUUCCAAAGUCAAACAGUUUUUGCUGAUUUUUUAAUGAUUAUUUCCAGCAAAACAUCUGGAUAAAGAUUUGCUGGUUCUCAAAUUUUAAAAGUGUUGUUGCAGCAAAGAGACAACUUCCUUUUCUUCAUCUGAUUGAUCAAAAAAAGAAACUGAUUAAAUUUGAAUUUUAAGGUCCUGUAUUUUAAAGGUCAUGUUCGCUCUGAUCAACCAGCCCAGAGUCUUUUCAGCGUUGACACAGCGUCGACUAAAAGAGGGUAAACUUGAGAAACCUGUUUGCUGAGCUAAAUCACACUCCUGUAUUUCUGUGCCUGUAGACAGUGGAGGUCUGAUGGAGCGGCCAUGUUCCCUGACAGGAACUCCAGAGAGUAUCGAGUGAGUUUAUAAAAUCCACCUUCUUCUCCUCCUCUUGAGAAAUUCACCUCCCCUCCUCCACCAGCAACUCACUUUCUUUCUGUUUUUGUGUGCGCUUACAGGCAGGCAAAGAGGCUGCUGGUGCAGAUUGUGGAUCGCUGUAGAAAUGGUCCUGGUUUCCACGGUGAUGGGGAAGGUGGGGCUUCAGUGCAGGAGAUGCUGAUCCCCGCCAGUAAAGUGGGGUUGGUGAUCGGUCGGGGAGGGGACACCAUCAAACAGCUGCAGGUGCAGUGACUGACAGUUUGAAAUACAUGAUAAAACACAAACCUCAGUGUAUCUGUCCCUUUUAAAAAUCUGUGAUGUGUGUUUCAGGAGAGAGCCGGAGUGAAAAUGAUGAUGAUCCAGGAUGGUCCAAUGCCGACAGGAGCAGACAAACCCCUCCGUAUCUCUGGAGACCCGUACAAAGUGCAGGUACAAACACAUGUUUGGAUCUUCAGGUGGUCUCUUCUUCCAGGACAGUACAUUUCACUUCUCUGAGCAGAGCUAUGACCACAACCAGCUCUGUAGGAAACACCUAAGCACUCAGGCAAAGCUCCUCAGCAGGAGAAUGACUGAUUGAACCACUUUAGACCCAAACAGUCCCCUUCUACUUCUGACCUAGCUCUCUGUGAACAGUUAACAAUACUCAGCUCCUCUCCUCCUCUUCUACUUUGUCUUCUUCUUCUCCUCCUCCUGCAGGCAGCGAGGGAGCUGGUGUUGGAGGUAAUCCGAGAGAAGGAUGGAGACUUCAGGUCAGGGCGUAACGACUUCAGCGCUCGACUUGGAGGAACCAGCCUGGAUGUAGGAAACAUGCAAACAAACACAUAGUUGGCUUUUAAACCAAACUGCGCUUUGAUAGGUCCACUCAUGUGUGGUCUGUCCCUCUGCAGGUUCCUGUUCCUCGGUUCGCUGUGGGCAUUGUGAUUGGCAGGAAUGGAGAGAUGAUCAAAAAGAUCCAAAAUGAUGCAGGAGUUCGGAUCCAGUUUAAAGCAGGUCUCUGUGCAGCUCAUUAUUAGUUGAAGUCAUUGAAUCACUUUUGACUUACUAGUUUCAGACUAGCAUCUAUGCACCUGUGAUGCCACCUGUACCUGUACUUGGUCUUCUCUCUUUUCUACAGGGCAGGGCUGCUCAUGAAUCAAGUCCCUGCUUCGACUAUAUACUCCACCACUCUUGUUUUUCUCCAGUUUUCUAUCAGGCUGAGAUAGAUUAUGUGUUGGCUCUGAUUAUAUUGAUCUGUCAGGCAGGUGUUUAAGGCAUGUUUCAGCUGGGGAUGUUUGUGCGUCUGCAUAAAGUCUCCACAGGCUCAUUUCUUGGGGACCAAUACCCAACACUUAGAAUCCAAAGGUCCAGGACUUUUUAGAGGACGUGCAUGCCACCAGCGUGUGCGCUGCUGUUUGAGCCUGUUCUUCUGUUCACUUGUACCCAUGCAGACCUGCUGAUUCUUCAUAAUUAGCACAUUAGGUAGAAAACUGGACACUGUGAGUCUGAUAGUUUUCCCUGAUCAGUUCUUGCUUUGCAGCUUAUACAUUUAGCCUUGCUCUGUAUGGCUGCAUGUUCAUGGAGAUUAUUUUUAUGAGCCUGCUCCACAUGUUUAUACUCAGCGUGUCAAGCAAUUUGCACACCUCUAUAAAUUCUGCAGCUUUGAUUUAUAUCCAUUGUGCUGCUGUGAAUGAUGUAAGAUUUGGUGUUUGUUUUUGCCUCAGGAAAAAUCGGAGUCUCUUUUAACGAGUGAGCGAUGAUUAUUUAUUAUUUCUAAAGUUCAAUCACUCGAAUUUGCAUCUUUAUUGCAGAGAUUCUUUGAAUUCUCUGUAUUGUUGAUAUUGUUGUGAACUGUAGAUGAUACGAUCCACGCAGCCUCUGCCAUGACAAACAUUAUUCUAAAAUCGUUAAACUCUUUGCUCACACAGUCUCACACAGAGCAGAUCUUUUCUCCUGAAAGACUUAAGUCUCUCUGGAAAUCUCUGCUUUAGGUAGGAGUAGCUCCUGUAGCUCCUGUAGCAGAGCUCCAGUAGAUCAUUAGCAAUUUGCCUCUGAGUCGUUGGUGGAGACAGCGCUGCUCUGCACACUCCUCUUUACGCUAGCUUGCAGCCUAACAUUGCUGGUGGAGUAGAAGUAGCAGGUAACUUAGGAGCUCUUCAUCUCUCAAACACUAAUGUCUUCGGGGGCAUGACGACAGCUAAUUUCAGAAUUAGCUUUCUGACGAGCAUUAUAAUCCGAUAACGCACACGCUUGUUCCGCGAUCAUCCUCUCCUCUAUGUGCAGAGUGUGACCUGCAUAGUGGGGCUCCGGGGGCGGAGCUUGGGUUGGUUACGUCGGAAAUCUCACUGUUUCUGAACCUGCUGUUUGGGUCUGCCAGAGUUUUCUCAUGAUAUGUCCUAUAGCAUCAGAAAAAUGACAGAUGAACAUAUAAAAAAACAAGAAAAACCUUUGCCUUUUAUCCAGUGUUUUAUCUUAGCUUCCCCAACUUAUUUACCCAUGUUGCUGACAUCAAAUAUAAAGUCUGCACAUAUUCUUCAUAUAAACAAGGCAAUUUUUCAGUUUUAACUUAUGCCCUUUGCACUAUUUUUAAUGAGAUAUGAAGUUAAAACAACUUGCAAACCCUUAAAUUAUUAUGUUUCUUUUUCCUUGUUUUCCCAAGUUUAUACCGUCUGUCUCCACUUUCAAACCGUCCCAGUACAGCUGGAGGGAUUUUUUCUAUUGUCUUUGAAGUUUCAUGUUCAACUCACUCCUAACUUUUACAGCUUGCUUAUAAAUACAGUUUGAUAUGUUUAUGUAACGUCAGUGUGUAAUAUGAAUCUGAAAUAGUCUGGAACAAAAGAAAUUGGAGCCAGUUUUUGGGACUAGAACUGGACUCAGAUUUAUGAACUCCAGUUUGAAGACAAGUUCAGAUUAAACCAGCAAGUUCAUGUAGCACCUCUGACCUCUCUGUGUUUUACAGAUGAUGGUAUUAGCCCAGAGCGCGUUGCCAUGGUGAUGGGUCAGCCAGACCGCUGUCAGCAUGCUGUCCACCUUAUCAAUGAGCUUAUUCAGACUGCCCAGGUAACACACCCACAGACACACCCCGAUAAAAAAAGAGCAAGUAUAGCCUGAACUAUCUCUUACGCGUGCGUGUGUGUGUGUGUGUGUGUGUGUGUGUGUGUGUGUGUGUGUGUGUGUGUGUGUGUGUGUGUGUGUGUGUGUGUGUGUGUGUGUGUCUUUAGGAGCGUGAUGGUUUUGGCUCAGCCCUGCGGGGUGGGAGGGUUAGAGGUCGUGGUGACUGGACCAUGGGCUCUCCUGGUCCGCUACAGGAAGUGACCUACACCAUCCCUGCUGACAAGUGUGGCCUGGUUAUUGGCAAAGGUAGGAGAAGAGAUCUGUUUCUGUCUGACCGUUUUACCCUGAUUCUCCAUUGACUUUUGCAGCUGUGGAUUUUAUUCUCAUCCUCCUUGUGUGCUUUUCUCUGAAACAAAUCUGUUAUUGCAAUUUCCAGCUUCUUUAACGAGUGUGACAUGGAAUAGUCUGUGUCACCAGUCAGGAAAACAACUUUUAACAACCGAAACGGCAUUAAGUGUAAAGGGAUGUGCUGCCGUUUUACAGAGUCAAAGCAAGGCCAAACUUAUUUUUAUAGCAGAUUUCUGAAGGUUCAAAGUGCUUUAUACAAGAAAGAAAACAUUCAAACAUCAUUAAAAGAGGACAUCUUUAAGUUCUUAAAACAAGCCAUUAAAAAUCAGAGCAAAAAGAAGAUAAAAACAGCAAAAAGCAAAGGUCCGAGCCUCAAAGACCGUUUCAUAAUGUAUGCAGUGUUAGACAAUAAAGGAAGUCAUAUAUUAGAGUUAUUUAGUAAAAGGCAGCUGUGAAUAUGCACCUUCUCUACCCUGAUUUAAAAUAACAACAGAUCUAGCGUAAAACUGUCAGCUGCCCAUGUUUGGCUCAAUUCUGGAGUCUGAAAAGACAAUGUGAGUGGUCUGGUUCUAGUUGGGUUCUUUUGCAUGAAGGGAUCACUGAUGCAUUUGAGAACUAGUAAGUGCUUUUUAAACCAGCUGCAGUAUUUACAAGUCUGUUCCCUAACAGACAUGAAGUCAGAGUGGAGACCUCAAAACUGGACUGAUGUGAUCCAUUUUUUUGGUCUCGGACUUAAGCAGCAGGGAUCUGAGUCAGCUUUCUGAAUGAGUUUUGAGAGAAACUGCCAUUGCUGCCAUUCCAAUAAAGUCAGCUGAAGAUGGGUGCAUGGACCAGUUUUCUAGGUCCUGUUGGAACUAGGCAUGGGAAUCAUCAGUGGCCCCACAAUACGAUAUUAUUGCGAUUUUUUACAUUUUGCAAUACAGUGAAUGUUGCGAUACAAUAUAUUGUGAUUUACACAGUUUUUCAACUGUUAAGCUAAUUUUACCUAAGUUUACCUAAUCAACCUGAUUCAGCGUUUGUCUUUCCUUUAUGUUUGUCUUAUUAACACAGUAUUGUAUUUUCAUGUAGUGCAUCUGGCAAACCUUAUUUGUCAGGCCCAUCUCAUUUGUGCUCUGCUUGCAUUCCUAAUGUCUUUCGCCAGGUGCUGCUGUAUUUGUUGUACUAACUUUCUCCUGCUCUAUGAUAUCACCUCUGCCAACAUCACUGGACAAACAGUUGAUUUUAUUUUUCCAUUGUCAUAGAUUUGACUUCAUAUUAGCAACUAUUAUGAAAAAAUCGAUACUUGAUAAAUGAGACGAUACUAUAUAUCACCAGACCAAAUAUUAUAAUACUACCAAUAUGCUGUAUUGAUUUUUUUCUCCCACCCCCUAGUUGGGACACAAGUCCUUGAAUCCUUGAUGUAAUCUUAAGUUUAUUUUAGGCUGACUCCAUAAUUGUUGCAGUGUGGUUUUUGCUACACUGAGAUUUCUGGCUGACAUAGAUAUGUAUAACUGUGUGUGGUCUUCAUAGUGGUGGUUACUCCCUCAAUAUUUUCCGUAAUUUAAGCCAGAGAAGGAACAUAGAUUUGAAACAGAAGGGACCCCAGGAUGGAGCCUUGGGGAACCCCACGUGUCAUUUUAGUCUGCUCAGAUGUGAAUUAACCAUUAGACACAGAGUACUCUUUGUUCUUUAAGUAAGACUUAUCCAGUUUAGUACUGUUCUUGGGAGCCUCACCCAGUUCUUCUAUCUGGAGUAGUAAUAAAUCCUAAUCAACAGAGUCUAUUAUGUGAUCAUGGUGACAGUGUGUAGAAUGAAAAGCCGAGCGAGAGAGAGAGCGAUGUUUUUUUUUUUGUUUUUUUUGUAAUUCAGAUUUUUAUUUAAGCACAUGCAGUAACAGCUCUGAGUGGUACAUCAUACAGAAUGCAAAAAAAGAAAAAUACAAGAAAAACCAGGAGGGCCUCCGUCAAAGGGACACAUUUUCUCAAAUUUCGGCAGAUCCUGUCAAAACGAGUUUAACCACAAAGAAGUAGUAAAGCACAGAAGUAGAAAACAAAAACAAAUAAUAUAGUAGUACAUAUAUACCUAUAUACAAAUAUAUUGUACAGAUACAAAUAAUCCGGUAGUAAUAAUGACAACAACAUUAAAAAUAAAUAAAGUAAGAAAUUAGGUAGGCAAACAUUUCUUCAAGCAGGCCUCACAAUCACGGCUCUAGUUAGAAGUGAGAUGUCCCAUGAAACAACCCCAAACCCCCAGUUCCACAUGACCUUUACCCCUUAACCUCACUAACAUGACCUCAUUGGACGUGGUUUCACUCAUUAAAAUUUUCCACUCCUGGAGUGUCGGACAUGUAUAUGAUUUCCAGUGCCGUAGUAUGAUUCUGGCGGCUGAAGUUAACCCCACGAUCAGAACAGAGAGUACGUUUUUUGUUAGGGUUGGGAUUUCUGAGAGAGAGCAAUGUUAUAAUUUAUCAAAGUUUAAAGACACCAGAGUGAUCUUCAUUUCAUUCAUCAGUUUCUGGACUUACAUGCUGUCUCUCUGGUGCUGAUUAUUCCUGCACAGCUGUGAUAAUUUCAGUGUUUUUAUUCAUGCAGAUUUUCCCACAAAGAGGAAAGCUGCACCAAAGGAGCAAGUGUUUAAACAGAGUCUUUGUUGACUCUUGUAUUUGGGGUUCGAGCUCUCGAAAGAAACCAAAUGAGGCUAACAGCAGCUUAAGUGAAGUUGUUUGCAGGAGAGGUUCAUCAGUGCUUUCUUUUCUCUAUCAAAAAACUCUUAGACAUCAACCAUUCAUCAACAAGAGUGUGUGUAGUGCAUGUUAAUGUGUGUGCUCGUGCAUGCAGAGGUCAAGAGGGUCGAGCAGCAGCUUUCAAAAUAAAAGCAGCAGAAAAAAGAAAUGUCAAGUACCCCAUGUUUAGACACCAUAUGGUCCUUGUGUGUGUGUGUGUGUGUGUGUGUGUGUGUGUGUGUGUGUGGGUGGUGGUGGUGGUGGUGGUGGUGGUGGUGGUCUAUUGUUGGUCAGCAUUUCUAUUGGACAAUACUGAUGAAUGUCUCACUGUCUACUCUCUGAACACAAAAAAACUAAAAGCUACUCUUUGUAGAAAAAAAUGGUAUUACUAUUUAAUUUGAACAAAAUAUUGAGACAAAAUCUGAAAAAUUAAAACACCAAAAUGAGAUCGAUUUAUAGGCACAAUAGUAGAAAGUAAACAUACUGCAUAAAUUUUACAUCAUUGAUUCAUACUGUUGAAAUCAAACCUUGUAGUGUUAAAUGUUCCUGUCCUUCUGAUAAUGGAUCACUGAAGUCCUCACUGAGUGAGCUGUAGAGAUUAAAUUGAAGCACAAUAAAUGUUGAAUAAAGUCUGAACAAAAUGGAAAUGUGUUCAGAGAUUUAUUCACUCCUGCUGUUCCUUUUGCCUCAUGAAAGGUCCAUUAAUGGUCUCCUCAUUUGGUUAACAAAGAGUUAAUGACCUCAGGAUAUUCUGCUGACCUGCAGCAGGACGAGGAGUAGGAGGGUGGAAACAGACUCGAUAGGUUUUUUAAAACAUGAACUCCUGAGAUAAUUUCAGGACAUGCCGUUCUUGGUUUCCUUUCAUUUCUUUUCACGCACACAGUGGGGGACUGUCAGUGUGAGACAGGCACUCAGGAUGUGAAAUACUCUGCUAGGGAGGCGCACAAAUAUCGCUGCAAGAUGUGUGUCAGGGUGUUUUUGAAAUGAAAACACAAUACAGAAAACUGAGGCGGAGAAACGCUACUCACAAAUGUUUCUGUCACCAUCACACAUCAACCCUCUAAAUAUUCAGAUAAGGUAAGGUAUUCAGAACUUUUUCUGUAAUGAGGCUGAAAGGAAGAAAGUUCCAUGAAGAUUAAACUGUUGAAGUUCAGACCUACAGAGGGUCAGGAACUUUUCUGUGGCGGGUGACAUGAGGACAGAAACUGAAGGCUGUUUCAGUAGGGCUGCCUCUCCUGCUCCUCUCCCUGCUCUCAUCUCUCCUCCUCCUGCUCCUCUCCUUGCUCUUCUCUCUCUCUCUCUCUCUGUCUCUCUCUCUCUCUCUCUUCUUCUCUUGCUCCUUUCCCCGCCCUUCUUUCUCCCCCUCCUCUCUGUAAAAACGCUUUUAUUUUAAACCUGUGUUUUCUGUCUUUGUAGGAGGAGAAACCAUUAAGAGUAUUAACCAGCAGUCUGGCGCUCAUGUGGAACUGCAGAGAAACCCUCCCCCCUCCACUGACCCCAACACCAGGGUCUUCACCAUCAGAGGGACCGCCCAGCAGAUGGACCUGGCCCGUCAGCUCAUAGACGACAAGAUUGGGGUGAGAAGCUGUUAAAAGAUGGUUCAGGCCUUUUUUGUUUUGGGUUCAGUUUUGGAAAGACUGACACAGACUGAACUUCUAAUCAAAAGUCUAUGAAGUUUUCCAACUUUUUUGGAUUUAUGGAGAAACUUCAGUUUUUACAAACAUUAGUGUAGAUUAUUUAAUCUGAGUUAUACUGAGUGGGUCUUAGUUCUGUCAGUUUAUUACAUUUCAAGGUAAACGCCCUUGAUGCUGAUUUGAAAUAAUAAUUAUUGAGUUAUUCUUGGUAUGUCUUCUCCUCUUCAGGGUUCAGGUAUCAUGAGUAACGGAGGAUUUGGCUUCAGUCCCUUCACCCAGGGCCCUGCUACACAUCAGAAGUAAGAAAUCUCUUGAGUUUGUGAUUUCAGGUCUCAUCUUUGGGUAAAAGGUGUCAGAGAGUUCAUUUUUACCUUUUAAUGAUCAGCUGACCGCACUUGUCUGACCGUCUUUCGGCGAUUUAAUGGAAGUGAUUGAAUAAACUGUGUGCUUGUGUGGCUCUUUAGUGCAUCCUAUUGAUGUGUGUGUGUGUGUGUGUGUGUGUGUGUGUGUGUGUGUGUGUGUGUGUGUGUGUGUGUGUGUAGCUGCGGCAGCGGUCAGACCUUCCUUACUGGCGUUUGGGGAAACACCUACCAGACCAGCUGGCAGAACCCGGGACAGCAAGACCCUGGUAACACACACACACAAACUCACUCCCAUCUGCACAAAUCCACCACACAAGUGUGCCUUUACAAACUUGUACACUUAAAAAAUUCCUUAUUUUUAUAAAAGGAUUUUAAAAAGUCAACUUUAAUAUUUUUCAUAUUUGAAAUGUGAAAUAUUUGAAUAAUUUUUUGUCCAAUUUUAAUGAUUUGGGCUUAAAGCUCAUAAAAAUCAAACUUCCAGCAGAUGACAUGGCACCCAAAACCAACACUGACUGUGGACUUGAAUCACCUUGGGUUCUGGGCCUCUCUGAGCUCUCUUUAGACUCUGGGACCUUGAUUUCCUAAUUGAUUUCCAUCUAAACAAGACUGUGGACCACUGAGUGAUAGUCCAGUUCUUUUUAGAGACUCUUAUGAUGCUGUCUCUGGUUCAGCAGGGUCUUAAAAGCAGGAACUUGCGUAGUCUGUUUUAUGGACUCGUCUGUCUGUAGUGGCUCUUGAUGCUGUCAGUAUUUUGAGAUUUUUCUUGUCAGCUGUGAACCACAAUCAUCAAAAUUAAAAUAGAGGAUAAGUUUGAGCAUUAUGGCAAAAACCCACCGGAUCCAGAACAGCUCCGUCUGCUCUGGCACGGCAGGUUGAUCAAAUACGCAAGCAUUAUAAGCAAUGUGAGUGAUUCCACACAAUCCGUCCACCUCCAGCUCCGCUGUGGAUCCGCUCCGGCGGCCGGAUCAGAUAAGCAAGGCUUCUAUUUUUGCUGGAUGCUUCAGCACAACGCAUCAAUUCAGUGCAGCGCAGCACGAGCAGCAGCAGAAGUUGAAUGCGGUUACAGAGUAAAAUAUCUGGUUAAUUUUCAAAAUAAAAUAAAGUCAAUACAUUGAACUGUUCUUCUCUUGAUAAUAGGAGAGGCCAGGGUUGUGGGAUGUGGGUGUUUAUAUACACCGCUGGUGUUUGGUGGACCUCAUUCAAUGUCUCACGGGGAGACGCAAGAUCCCAUGAGAUCUCAUCCAGUCUCACGAGAAAUAUCGUUAAUCGGACAAGCGCUUUUCCUCCGAUGACGGAUCAGAUCCAGUGGGCACUGUAUGCUUGUAUAUUUGAUCUGCCUGCUGGUCUGGAGUGGAGCGGAGACAUUCUGGAUCUAAUGGGAUUCCCCGGUUGAUCAAAGUUUUGAAAAUUUCUACUUUUUUUAAAUGCUGAUGAGAAUUUUUGAACUUUUAAGGAUGUUCAGGUUUGUUGAGAUGCACCUGCUCAGGUUCACACCUCACUCUUUACCUGUAGUUUUUUGAUUUAGUUUUUUUGAACCUGAUCAGCCAAACGGGCAACCAGAUUACAGUGCAGAUAUAGUUUUUUUAUUUACUGCCACAGAGUUUUGAGUCCAGGAGUUUAGACCCUCUUUAUGAGUGUGGAGGUCACUGUUUGGCUCACACAGAACAGAUGGACUACUCUAAAGCAUGGGAGCAUGGGGGCAUUACUUACAGAAGCUAGGCGUGUACACACUCUCAGCAAUAGAGGCACAAAGGUUAGAACUUCAUAUAAUAGCAGGUUUAAGGUGUAUUAGAGGUGUUCAGUUAAAGGUGUGUGAUUUAAACAAUCAGGAAACAUCUGACUAAAGAAAGACGCAUAACGAACGCAGCCAGAAUGGACAACAGCUAACGUGCAACAUUGAUGGUUUCUGGAAGAUCAGUUUGUUGAUUCGUGGCACUGACAUGAGAGCUGGUUCUGGAUCACAGUGAGUCUGAAAGUAGAUCAGCAAGGAUGAGGACCUCAGGAUUUUGAAGCAAGGCUGACAGACUUCCCUGUCUCAAUGUUAUAAAUGUACAUUUCUGAUCUUGAUUACUCACUGGACUACUUACUGUUGCACCCAGACAUGGAGGACUGCAGCCGUGUUGUGUUUCCUCAAGCUUGUGUGUAAAAUUUACAGUUUGAUCACGUAGUUGUCCUUCAAAAUAAAUGUUCUGACACUGAUGCUCAUAGUGUUAGAAACAACUGAAUUCAGAGUAGCACCGUCAGACCGCCUGUGUUUGUGUCUCUGUAGGUCAGCAGAACCAGCCUCAGAGCUUGAUGACAGACUACAGUAAGGCCUGGGAGGACUACUACAAGAAACAGAGUAAUACAGCUCUCCCUCUCUUUUUCUGUGUUUGCCUGUCUGUUAAUUCUCACAGCUAGCUCACAGUAUUACCAUGAUAUCAUUAUUUCAUUUCCUCAGAAAGACAGUUAUCAUUAAAACCAGUGUAUUGUCACAGGCCAGCUCCAGUAGAAGUGAAAGUUCUUCUGGCAGACUAUCACUUGUGUUACAGUUUUGGUGUGGGCACUUAAAAGAAUACUGAAAUGUUCAAACUACUUUUUGGAAACAUCUCAAAACAGUGCUUUGAACACAGGUUUAAACAUUUUUAAACUCACAUGCUACAGAUUUCAUGAUGAACGAGCCCUCACACCUUCACACACAUCGGGGAGUUAAGUAUUACCAGGAUGAGCAAAUGCCCGGCAGUUUGUUUGAAUAGAAAACUCAGCCGUGAACAUGAUUCUGUAGCUGCAUGUUUUUCAGGAAUCAUGAAGGAUAAGCUCACUUGACUCAUUGAGCAACUCAGAGCUCUCAAAAAAACCUCAAGUUUUUGGUUCUGCGGUGCCCAGAGGUAGAUAGGAGAGGAUGUAAGGGAAAGUAGGACAAAUAGGACCAUUCGAAGGAAAACCGACUACAGAGUAAAAUCUGCAGUCGACAGUUUGGUUCAAACUGUGUCAGCUAGAAUGAAACAAGUGUUGAGCUUCAUAUCUGGACAGUUUUUCUCUGGCUGAAGGGUGAAGUUUUUUGUAGACAUUUGUAGACAGAGCAGACAUCAAAGAUACUUAAUUUCAAAAUGUUCAAACAUGGAUUUAAGAUCUAGCCAUGGCUGCUCAGGUGGAGACUUGUCCUCACUGUAGCUCUUAUUUUCUUAAUUGAAUGAGCUGCCUGAUCUGAGUGACAUUUCAGCUGUAGAGAUGCACGACAUACAGGUAUGGCAACACCACCUGGACAAACCACACGCAGAGCUUCACCAACACACUUGGUUGUCUGAAGGAUGAGAUAUUCAUCAGUGAACUCCAGAGUACCGAGCGCCUGAUAGAUGAACCUGAUUCUUGUCUCUCAGAUGUAGCGGAGUAAACUCAGAUACACAAAGUACCUCACAGCAUCCCUCUGUUCAUUUGUGUGUCUGCAGGUCAGUCGUCUCAGCAGAGUUCGGUGCCAGACUACACUGCAGUGUUAGCAGAAUACUACAGACAGCAGCCCUACCUGUGGAACCCCGCCCAGAUACAGGUACGCUCAGCAGGAACCCGCUUUGUUGUUUGUUGUCCCAAAACCAGUUAACAUCAGAGAGGGAUUUAAAUAACACCACCGAACAAUGAUGUCAAAUCCUGUGUCUUUAGGAUCACUAGAGGCUCUCCCCCUUGCCAGUGAAGGCCUCGGAUGGUCGUCGAAGGCAACGGAAUCGGGGUUUCCUUGCAACGCUCUGCCGCUUCCUCCUUCCUUUUGUAGAGAAAAACUAAGGAUUAACUGAAAAUCACGAACUCUUUUCUUUCUGUUUUUUAACCUUACAAAGUCGAUAUUUUGUCAGGCAGAUUUUUUUGGACUAGCCUCUGGUCUCUCCGCAGUGUAGACCUGUUUUUUUUUUUUUUUUUUGUUUGUUUGUUUUAUUUUUUUUUUUUUAUCAAACUUGAACUUAAAGAUGUAUCAGUGUGGCUUUGAACAAAAAAAAAAUCCAGUAUAAUCUAUAUUUUGUCUAGUUUUAUUUUCCAAUAAGAAAACGGUAUAAGGCUUAGCAGUCUUGAGUAAGAAAAUCAGAUAUUAUUAUUAUUUUGUUUAUGUUCAUGUUUUAAAGCAUGCAUCAGAUUGUGUGUGUUGACUCUCAGUUAUUUUUUUUUAUUUUGGCAUAGAAAUAUUUUAAUAGCGUCAGAUGAAAAUUUAAUGUUUUACCGUCAGAGACAAAACUGUUUUUUGUACUAAAUUUGUGCUCGCUGGGUCUGUUUGUUCUCCAUCUAAUUUUACCUGUUCAGUCGCCAUCUUGGAGGUGCAAUGACGCGUUUAUUGUUUUCUCUUUGGUUUGAUGAUAGUUCUUAUUCCUGUAUCUCUAUAGUGAUUCUUUAGUUUUUAUGAUGUAAUGAUAAAUAAAUGCCGAUUUAUAUUGCGUUGUCUAAGCCAGAUCUCUCUGUGGUCAAACACAGGAUUGAACCUCCAGCCGACACCACGUUUCCCCACCGCGACUUCGUGACAAAACGGGAAAACUUACUAUUUUCUUACAGAGUGAAACUUUAUUAUUGUUGUUGUAUCUUAGUUCUGCAUUUCUACUUUGCCGAUUUGUUUGUAGAAGAAGUGUAAAGAGCUGAACAAUGAAGUUAUCAAUUCUAUAAGCAAUGAUUUAGCUAAAGCCAGCGCAUUGGCUAAAUGCGCCAGUUAGCUAGACUUGUGUUAGCAAAAAGAUGUGUGUUACCUCAACUGUGUGUUAGCUGAAUGAAUGUGGUUGAAUUGAUUCUGUUAGCUGUCUUUUUAUUAGCUAAAUGUACAGGUUCAUUGACAGAUGCAUUGGCUGGACAAUAUGUGCUUAUGUCCAUGGUUUGUAUUAGUGUAGCAGGGUUAGCAUUGACGUUUGACUUUAACUGAGCACGCUUGUUGCUUGUUUUUCUUUGCUGAGUGAAUGGGGUGGCAGUUUCGUUGUUUUCUGGUAUGAGUGUGUGCAGAGCCUUAGGGUGUUAAGCUGUUUGCUUUGACUGCUGAUAACUUGUAUGUGCCGCACUCACAACAUAUGGCUAAAACAGUAAAUUAACACGUGAGAAUUAAAGUUCAACAUUUAGCAAAAAGUGACAAUUCUAAGACCUUAGGAAUCUCUUCUUUAGGAAAAAAAUCUCAGUCAUUUUACUAACAGUGGCACACUUUAGCAUGUAACUUAGUUAGCUAACUUUUAUUUUAAAGAUAAGAAACAAGAAAAAUAUCGGAACCAGACUUUAAAGUCAUUUAUCCAGAAUAACUUCAAUACCUAAUAGCAUUAGCUGAAACCUUGUCAGCAGAAAUGCACGAGUGUGGUCGCUAAAGUUGCUCACUCAUGCUAGCUUAUUUCUGUUUGUGUGCUUAACUUUAUAAAUUUGUCAUUUUAGUUUAGCUUGUGAAGCAUCUUGCUAGUUUUCUUUUAAUUCACCCCAUUUUUGCUGUAAUCCUGCAGCAUUAGCCAUAUCUUAUUAGCUAAACAGCAUAUAUCUACAGAUAAGCCAAAAUUUUGAGAUUAGCAUAACACUGGACUGUUGUAACUGAUGCUCUUGACUGGCGCUAGCUUAAAUCUGUCUGAUCACCAUGCCGUCGUUUGUAGAACACGUUAAUUUUAUUGAACUUCCAAAUGCGGUUCGUGCGAGUUUUCACUUUUCCCUCUUUUGAAAGUCAUCCCCCAAAUUUUUUUUCUGAUAGCAGUAGCCAUAGUUUGUAAGCCAAAACAGGUAGUAUAAACAGAUAAGCUGAACUCUUUGAAUUAGUUUAAAAAUUGUACGAGUAUUGUAACUGAAGUUGCUGAAUGUGCGCUGGUGUAGUACAGCUUGUUUGUUUGGUUUGCCACACUCAUUUAAACUUGUUUAUCUUAGCUUGUGCGCUCAUUAUAAGUGGGUUAGCUGUCAGCCCUGUGUCUGCUCAGGCUAGGUCAGGAUGCUCCUACGUUAAUGUAAGUCGUUGUCAGAGUUUGUGAGGCAGUUUUGUACUCAAAAACAUUUUUGCUUUACUUUUCUUCCAACAGGAGUGUGGAGCUACGAAUUUGCUCAGUCUAUGCGUAAUUAGCGAGUCCACCUACAAAGAGCCGUUAGCGUACAUGGGGAAAAAUCUUUGAGUGUUUUCACAGAUUUGUAAUUCCAGCAAAAUGUCUGUUCACAUUGUGUGUCUGGUGUGUGUUUCUGUGCUUUAGCUGAAUUUUGUUGUGCGUGUCGGACCACAGAGAGGUUUGUCUUGUUGAAGGGGAUCUGGCUGUGGAGUUGAAUAUUGAAUCAGUGGUUCUGCUUCUUGUAUGUGUGACGAUAAUGGUGAUGAUGAUGACGAUAAUAAUAGUUAAUGACGACGAUAAUAAUGAGUUCUCCUGUACAGGGGUCUAUUUAAAUCUGUUCAUCCAGUUAUGAAUAUUCAGUUUGUCAAUAAGAUAAUAUGGUUUGUGUAAAUUUCCACGCUCUGGUGGGUGCUCUCCAGUUAAAAUGUACUUUGUUAUCCUGUUCAAAAUGAGAUUGUUUAAUUCACAUGUUGUCUAACCGAUUUGCAAAGAGAUGUCUGUGUUAUAUAUAGUCUCAAGACUGCUAGGCUAACUGUCUCUCUCUUCUCCUAGUCUUUCUGUCUCUGUCUAGACAGCGUUACGGUAAAAAGUUGCUUGGAUUGGUAGUUUUUCAACGCGUCUGUAAUCGGACCAUGUAAUUACAGCUGAGCGUUAUCGUCACAGGCGUGUUGAACAGUCCUGCAGCUGGUUAGCGUGGCGACUCCAAGGCAAGGAGAGCUGUAGUAUGGGGGAUUUCCUCCCCGAAUAAUUAUUGAAAAACACAGGAGUGGGCAGUUUUUUGGUUUCGUGCCUCAGUUCCAAGUUUAGUAUGGACUGCCAGAACCCAAACUGGGUCUAAACCAGUUACCACCGAGCCCCCUAAUGUCCUAGAACCAGAACUGGACACGAUAUCGCCUGUCCACUCCAAUUUAGAUCUUCCUAGUCCCGCCCCCUUGUCCUGAAGGGGUGACGGGGAGCUUUUUGGUUUCAUGGUUUCUGUUGUUUUUCUAAUGGACAGAUGUCCUAACUGUAACCUGCAGAUUUUUCUAUUAGAUUCUAUUGACAGAUAGAGUUGUGUAUGAACCCGAGCCACGAGACUGUCAGUGGCCGAGGAAGAGGCAGGUGGAUGAUUAUGAUGAUUAACAUGAGGGCUAAUAAACAGGCUCAUUCUUUCUGACUGACUGUGUCUUUAUCUUUUUGAGUUAAAUUGAUUUUAUAAUCGCAGCGAGCUGGAUCAUACACACCACUUUUGGAUGAAAUGGACACAUCAGCAACAAUGUUAAAGCCAUAUGUGGUGAACAAAGCAGCAAAAACGAUCAUGGGCAGGGUUUCUCCAUUUAAAACUGAAGCACUUGAACAUUAGUGUAAUUUCAUAGACAUGAUUUCAAUUACAACAUUAGUAAAAUUAUAUAAAACAAUAAUUUCCCCUCUUCUUUCAAUCAUAAAUGAUCAAAUUAUUCAAAUUUCAAUAUGACAGUUUGCUGGUUUGGGUCCAAGACCCUUCAGACCUGAAUCCUGGUUCCUGAAAAACUUUGAAACGAAACAACACAGUUUGUCAAAUUAAGGAAGGCGAGACACGAUUGGAACAACAUAAAACUUCUUAAACUUUACUGACAAAUAAAGUUAACUCGCAUGAUGUUAAAAUCUAUGAUUUGUCAAGAUCUCCAGCCCUGAGACCCAAACUUGUUAUGAGGAUGUGACCUCCGUAAACAAUCGCCACGCUUUGUUUUUAAAAAUGUAUUCUGCUCUGCAUAAAACUAUGCUUUUAUUUUGACAUACAGUGCAUCCGGAAAGUAUUCAUACCACUUUACUUUUUCUACAUUUUGUUAUGUUACAGCCUUAUUCUAAAAUGGAUUAAAUUCCCCUUUUCCCUCAAAAAUUCUACACAAAAUACCCCAUAAUGACAAAGCGAAAAACUUUUUUUAGAACACAUUUUGAAAAUUUAUUAAAAAUAAGAACACUCAAAUGUUGCAUAUACAUACAGUACAGACCAAAAGUUUGGACACACCUUCUCAUUCAAUGAGUUUCCUUUCUUUUCAUGACUAUUGACAUUGUAGAUUCACACUGAAGGCAUCAAAACCAUGAAUUAACACAUGUGGAAAUAUGCACUUAACAAAAAUGUGUAAAACAACUAAAAAUACGCCUUAUAUUCUAGUUUCUUCAAAGUAGCCACCUAUUGCUCUGAUUACUGCUUUGCACACACUCUGCAUUCUCUUGAUGAGCUUCAGGAGGUAGUCACCUGAAGUGGUUUUCACUUCACAGGUGUGCCCUGUCAGGUUUAAUAAGUGGGAUUUCUUGCCUUAUAAAUGGGGUUGGGACCAUCAGUUGUGUUGUGCAGGUGGAUACACAGCUGAUAGUCCUACUGAAUAGACUGUUGGAAUUGGUAUUAUGGCAAGAAAAAAGCAGCUAAGUAAAGAAAAACGAGUGGCCAAUUACAUCAUUAGAAAUAAGGUCAGUCAGUCCGGAGAAUUGGGAAAGCUUUGAAAGUGUCCCCAAGUGCAGUCGCACAAACCAUCAAGCGCUACAAAGAAACUGGCUCACAUGAGGACCGCCCCAGGAAAGGAAGACCAAGAGUCACCUCUGCUGCGGAGGAUAAGUUCAUCCGAGUCACCAGCCUCAGAAAUCGCAGGUUAACAGCAGCUCAGAUUAGAGACCAGGUCAAUGCCACACAGAGUUCUAGCAGCAGACCCAUCUCUACAACAACUGUCAAGAGGAGACUGUGUGAAUCAGACCUUCAUGGUAGAAUAGCUGCUAGGAAACCACUGCUAAGGACAGGCAACAAGCAGAAGAGACUUGUUUGGGCUAAAGAACACAAGGAAUGGACAUUAGACCAGUGGAAAUCUGUGCUUUGGUCUGAUGAGUCCAAAUUUGAGAUCUUUGGUUCCAACCACCGUGUCUUUGUGCGACGCAGAAAAGGUGAACGGCUGGACUCUACAUGCCUGGUUCCCACUGUGAAGCAUGGAGGAGGAGGUGUGAUGGUGUGGGGGUGCUUUGCUGGUGACACUGUUGGGGAUUUAUUAAAAAUUGAAGGCAUACUGAACCAGCAUGGCUACCACAGCAUCUUGCAGCGGCAUGCUAUUCAUCCGGUUUGCGUUUAGUUGGCCGUCAUUUAUUUUUCAACAGGACAAUGACCCCAAACACACCUCCAGGCUGUGUAAGGGCUAUUUGACCAAGAAGGAGAGUGAUGGGGUGCUGCGCCAGAUGACCUGGCCUCCACAGUCACCGGACCUGAACCCAAUCGAGAUGGUUUGGGGUGAGCUGGACCUAUGAGUGAAGGCAAAAGGGCCAACAAGUGCUAAACACCUCUGGGAACUCCUUCAAGACUGUUGGAAGACCAUUUCAGGUGACUACCUCUUUAAGCUCAUCGAGAGAAUGCUAAGAGUGUGCGAAGCAGUAAUCAAAGCAAAAGGUGGCUACUUUGAAGAACCUAGAAUAUAAGACAUAUUUUCUGUUGUUUCACACUUUUUUGUUAAGUACAUAUUUCCACAUGUGUUAAUUCAUAGUUUUGAUGCCUUCAGUGUGAAUUUACAAUUUUCAUAGUCGUGAAAAUAAAGAAAACUCUUUGAAUGAGAAGGUAUGUCCAAACUUUUGGUCUGUACUGUAAGUAUACACACCCUUUACUCAAUACUUGGUCGAAGCAUCUUUGGCAGCGAUUACAGCCUCCAGUCUUCUUGUGUAUGAUACAACAAGCUUGGCACACCUGGAUUUGGGGAGUUUUUCCCCAUUCUUCCUUGCACAUCCUCUCAAGCUCAGUGAGGUUGGAUGGGCAGCGUCGGUGCACAGCUACUUUCAGGUCUUUCCAAAGAUGUUCAAUCGGGUUCAAGUCUGGGCUCUGGCUGGGCCACUCAAGGGUCAUUUUCAUGCUGGAAGAUGAAGCGUCGCACCCGGUGGAAGGUCUGGAGCGCUCUGGAGCAGGUUUUCAUCAAGGAUUUCGAUGUACUUAGCAGCAUUCAUUUUUCCCACGAUCCUGACAAGUCUCCCAGUUCCUGCCGCUGAAAAACAUCCCCACAGCAUGAUGCUGCCACCACCAUGCUUCACUGUAGGGAUGGUAUUGGCGAGGUGGUGAGCGGUGCCUGGUUUCCUCCAGACAUGACGCUUGGCGUUCAGGCCAAAGAGUUCAAUCUUCGUUUCAUCAGACCAGAGAAUUUUGUUUUUCCUGGUCUGUGAGUCCUUCAGGUGCCUUGUAGCAAAGUCCAAGCGGGCUGUCAUGUGCUUUUAACUGAGGAGUGGCAUCUGUCUGGCCACUCUACCAUAAAUGCCUGACUGGUGGAGUGCUGCAGAGAUGGUGGUCCUUCUGUAGGGUUCUCCCAUCUCCUCAGAGGAACACUGGAGCUCUGUCAGAGUGACCAUCAGGUUCUUGGUCACCUCCCUGACCAAGGCCCUUCUCCCCUGCUUCCUCAUUUUGGCUGGGCGACCAGCUCUAGGAAGAGUCCUGGUUGUUCCAAACGUCUUCCAUUUCUUAAUGAUGGAGACCACUGUGCUUUUUGGGAUCUUCAAUAGAGCAGAUAUUUUUCUGUAACCUUCCCCAGAUCUGUGCACCGAUACAACCCUGUUUCAGGGGUCUACAGACAAUUCUUUCAACUUCAUGGCUUGGUUUGUGCUCUGACAUGCUCUGUCAGCUGUGGGAUCUUAUAUAGACAGGUGUGGCUUUCCAAAUCAUGUCCAAUCAGCUGAAUUUGCCACAGGUGGACUGCAAUCAAGUUGGAGGAACAUUUCAAGGCUGAUCAGUGGAAACAGGAUGCACCUGAGCUCAAUUUUGAGUUUUAUAACAAAGGGUGUGAAUACUUAUGUAUAUGCAACAUUUGAGUGUCUUAUUUUUAAUAAAUUUGCAAAAUGUUCUAAAAAAAGUUUUUCGCUUUGUCAUUAUGGAGUAUUUUGUGUAGAAUUUCUGAGGGAAAAAAAGGAAUUUGAUCCAUUUUGGAAUAAGGCUGUAACAUAACAAAAUGUGGAAAAAGUGAAGUGGUAUGAAUACUUUCCGGAUGCACUGUAGAAACCCAGAAGCGUCUAUAUUUUUGGAGUCUUGAUGAAUCAUUUCGAGGGAUACUAAAGCUAACUUGCUGGUAGCUGCUGCUUCUACACCUCUGUUCUGUGAAGUGCAGCAAUCAGUGACUAUGAUUAACUCACUGUCUUAUAUCAUGCUUUAAUUUGGUAAAUCAAUAUUUCUACAUUUAUAACAUCAUGCAGCCCAUAAUAUGCUUUGUGGUAGUUAGAAAUUACGUCUGGGACGUUGAGACCUGAUUUGACCUUUUUAAAACCAUGUUUUUCAGGUAGAAAUCCUGUCUAGAGUUUACUGGGUUAAUGUCUGUAUGAUACUGAGGGGGAUUUAUGCUCCAUAUCAAGUAAUAUGAUUUUGGAUUUUUAUAGAGCACAUAACAGGUUUUAUGUAUCAUAUUAAAGAUUUAUAACCUUUAUCAAAAACCGCCCAUCUAUUUCAGUUUGAUGGGAACUUGAAUGUAGACAUCACAUUUCUGUGUGUAUGUGUGUGUUAUACACUCUGAGGGGUCAGUGUGUGUCUGAGCUGCCGUCACAGCAUCUCUUCAUGUCCUGACAUGAAAAGUGGGAUUUAUCAUUUAUUCAUGUUCCCCGAACAGAGACAGAUGGUCUGACUGUUAGUGUGAUGUCAUCUGUCAUUAAGACUUUACUGUAAUCACACACACACACACACCUACUGACCUCCAGAGAUGACUGAAGCAGCACUAAGGGAGGAGUGGAUGCUCAGAGGAGGAAAUUAUACUAAAAUUAGUCUGUUUUUUUUUUCAUCAUUUGAGAUUAUUUAAAAAAACACUUUAGAGAGUUCUUAGUGCCACGUUUUAAACAAUUGAGAACUAUAAUUUACAUCUUCUUGAGUAUCAUAUACAACAAUGAAUCAACAUAGUUCAUGCAGUAAUCUUAUUUUGAAAAGAAAGAAGUCAUCAAGCAGGUUUAAUCUGGUACUUUAGGGGUACGGAAGCCCUGAAGGUCAAUUAUAAAAAAAAAAACAUUAAGCUAACAUAAACAUUUCACUGCAUUCUUAACCCACCUCGGAAUGCAAGACUGUUUGACUCAAGACCAAAAUAUUUCACAACUUGAAAAGUAUAUCAUAAAAUGCAAAACCUAAUGAUUCAAAAAACACAAAAAUUUUUAAUGAAACUGAAAAUAAUUCACCAAAAGCAUAAACAUAUUUAAAAAGUCAGAUGCAAAAAAGGGUUAUGAUUAGCACGAAUGUUAUGAAAAAUAAACUUUUCAUGUGUGACAAAAGUUUUUCUCAAACACCAAGAUCAGCCCACCAAACACAAAAAUAUUUAUCAAAAUGCAAAAUAUUUUACUAUAUGCAAAAAAUGUCCUUGAAGGCAUGUGUGAAUACCUGAUGAUUAAAAAAUUUUUACAUCUUACUAAAUGUGAAAAUACAUUUAGAAAACUCACAUGCAACCAAAAGUAUGUCAUGAAUCUCAAAAAUAUAGCAAAAAAAUAAUAAUUUUACAAAAUAGUAAAAAUCAUGAAAUGCAGAUAAUUUCCCCUGAAAACCAAAACAUUUCACCAAAUGCAAAAACAAAAGUGUUACAGAAGGAAAGAUCCCUACCUGAUUUAAAAAAAAAACACAUUACAUAAAAAUUUUUAUAAAAUUCAAAAAUAAAAAAAAAAUCUCAAAAUUCUCAUGAAACGAAAAGCAGAUAAAGUAUUUGAUGAAACAGAAACGUUUUUUUCUCUAAACAAAAACAAUAUUUUACAAAAUACAAAAAUAUUCUCCAAUUAUGAAAAAACAAUUACUUAAUCAAACAAAUUUUUUCAAAAUUACGCAGUUCCUCAUGAAAUACAAAAAGGUUUUAAACAAAACUCAGGAACAUUUCCCCACAAAACUUGAAUCAGUACAAACUCUUAGAAUAUCUCUGUGUGAUUGUCGCUAAAGUCUCCGAAAACUCCUCCCAUGCUGUCUAUAAUAAAUAAAUCCUGCAUUUAUGACAAAAUAUGAAGUUCAAUUAAAGCAUUAAAAGGAGGAAACACAGACGCAGAGAGAGAGAGACUUUGAAUCGUGAAAAAGAGGAGGAUGAAAUGAAGGAGAGGCAAGGAUGAAGAUGAUGGAGAGAGACUGAUUGAUGGAGAAAUCAGACAGGAAACAACAAGACUGUACUGUUCCUGGCAUUGUGUGUGUGUGUGUGUGUGUGUGUGUGUGUGUGUGUGUGUGUGUGUGUGUGUGUGUGUGUGUGUGUGUGUGUGUGUGUGUGUGUGUGUGUGUGUCAGUGGCCAUAAAGUACAGGAAAGAGCUCGGUAAGUACAGAUGAACCUGAUUAAACAUUAAAGUAUGUAAUGGUGAUCUGGAUCUGGUCCAAAUAUUUCCCAUGAUGCUCAGGGACUAACAGGAGCAAUAAACUACCCGCCUGAGCCAACCGCACUGAGCGGCCAAAAGUAAGUGUAGAGCUGAGUGCAGUGUAACAUGUGGUGGAGGCAGCAGCAGGUUCAUUAACACUAUUGCUCUGUCCUCACAUGAUGAACCUGCUGCAGCGCCCCAGAGACAUCCUGAUCACAAAGACAGAGUUUAACCCCAGCUGGAGUUUAGAGUCCCACUCUGAUCAUUUUUUUAUGACCCAAAGUGUUCUUAGUGGUCUUUACAUUGUGAUUAUGUUUUUACCAAAAAUCAUGUUACUUGUGUGUGUUUCAUUUUCAAGGGCUUUUCUUCUGCAGAGCUCCAGUAGCUCAUUAGCAACUCGCCUCUGAGUCAUGGGUGGGGACAGCGCUGCUCUGCACACUCGUCUUCGUGUUCUUCCAUUAUUGAUCCUGCAGCAACAUCUGAGCUCCGGGGUGACGACUUUCAUGAUCAGGCUGCUGGUUUAUGACUUCCUGAUCAGGGAGGGAAGUCUGAGCUGGUGGCCUCUAGUAAAGGACUUCGAGUAUAACCGGCAGACCAGCAAAGAAGGGCGUUUAAAAGGCUGUGGCUGCAAAGUUUCUGAAUGUGCAUUUAUAAUAUGUAAGAUGAUAAACCAGGUAUAAAGAAGAGUUACAGGUGUUGAAAAAAUAUUUUUCCCAUAAUAUCACUCACAGAGUGAAGCUUCCCAAAAAUGUUAGACUUAUCAAACACAGAGUGAAAUAUUUCAAGACUUUCUUUUUCUCUAAACUUUAGACUAUCAUGUAAAAGUCCAGUUUCUGGUCAGGUCUUUCAGUCCUAAAGGAGCUCUGAUCAGCUGAUUCACUCUGAACACCUGCUAAGGUUUUCUGUGCCUCUCUUCUCUCUCUCUGGUUCAGCACACAAAACAACGAUCCUGGUUUAGAGAUGGUCCUUGAUGGUGAGCCUCAGGAGGUCACUGCUGGAAAUUCUAGCUGUUCACAAGGUCUGAAUGAAGCAGGAAGUUGAAUAAAGGGAAAAGUGAGGGAGGAAAAGAGACCAAGAAACAGGGAUGAGAGGACUGACGCACAGGGAAGAUUCAAGAACUUAGAGGAGCUUCACAAGGACUGGACUGAGGCUGGUGUCAGGACAUCAAGAACCUCUACACACAGAUGAGUCCAGGAAAUGAACUGCAAGUGUUCCUGCUUUCAAGAGCCUCCUGAACCAGAGACAACAUCAUUAGAGUCUCAAAACAGAGCUGGACUAUUGCUUAGUGGUCCAAGGUCCAAAUUUAGCAUCUCAUUUGAUAGUCAAGAUCACAGAGUCUGGAAGAAGACCAGAGAGACCAAGAACCGAAGGUGUUUGAAUUCCAGUGUGUGAUGGUGCAAGUCCUGAGUCAGUGCAGCCAAAAGUCUACCAGGAGGUUGUAGAGACCUUCAUGCUUCAUCUGCAGAGAAGCUUUAUGGAGAAACAGAUUUCCUUUUCCAGUAAGACCUGGACCUGGCCCAUAAAACUACCAGAAACUGAUUUGCUGAGCUGGAUUGACCUGAACCCCCAUAGAGUACGAAGAGAAAGACCAGACACACCAGAGAAAAAGUCCAGACAAGCCGAAGGAUUUGAGCUGCACCUGUAAUUGAUCACCUAUGUGUGAUUUUCAGCCCAGAGGAAGACAGUGAAAGAGCAGUGACCUGAAGGUUUACGUGCUCAGAAAAUAUCUUCAAGUGUCUGUGAGAGUGAUCAAUAAUCUUAUAGGCUACUGUCAAUAUUUAGGGGUUGCAGCUUCUUUUACACGCACUUUGCUCCUGGUGCAUGAACAAUCGUGUGAGGAUAGAUCCCCGUCUUUAUGUUAAAGCUCAACCCUCUGACGAUGAUGAGGAUGGAGAUGAAGAGCGGUGAGAAAACGGCUUAAAAAAGGAGCGUGGAGAACAAGAGGGAGCGUUUGAUUUGAAUCCCGAAGCAGCUGACAGCUUGUCUCCUCUCAGCCGCUGAUGAUCAUUAAAAGGCUUUUUAAAGGAGGAUUAUUAGCGUCUGUCCAGCCCGCAUGAAUACUGAUGAGGCCGCAGCACAGCGCUAAUCACGUUAGCGGAACAAUAUUAGUGCGCCAUUUGGGCCCAUUCCCACCACCACCACCUCCUCCUUCUCCUCCUCACGCCCUUUUCAUCUCUCUCCAUCCUCGGCUCACCCGUAGGACUCUCUCUCUCUCUCUCUUCUACUCUUUUCUUUCUCUCUGUCUCCUCCUCCUCUCCUCUCUCAUCUCUCCUCUUGUCCUCUUGUAUUUACGCGUGCCAGUCACCUGCCGCUCCCUCCGCCUCCUGACUUCCCGUCGUCUUUUCGGGGCUAAAGUGCUUUCUUAUUGGCCGUAUGGAGCGAGUAUAAAGGCGGGGAGGACACCGGGACACACUCACUGAGGAGCUUUUUGUUGUAAAAAGCUCAUUAAAGCGUGUCCUCCCUCAAUAAGGACGCGCCUCUCCAUUAAUAAACUCCCGCUCGGCCCGCGUGCGUAGCGGCUGCAGCCAAACUCUCCUCCGCUCCUUCAAAAGAAAGAAAGAGACAGGGGAAAAAAAGAAAAAUCUGCGUUCAUUGAGUCAAAUCCAUUGAAAAACAUUUGCAAAUCUACCAUUAUUCCUGGAUUUUCUCUCCUUUUCUUCUC